CAUUUAUUUAGACACAAACUAAUCUUCAUUAUUAGGAAGCAUUUUAAAAUUUUGAUAGAAAAUAAUAAUAGAAAUAACAAGUUUAAACAACAUCUUGUUGAAAUUGAUGGCAGAGAAGCUGGUUUGAUGUAAUGGUAAAAUUCACAGGCCUAGGUUAGAAUUUGAGAACAGUCAUUUUGUACAAAUCUACUCUACUUUGUUCUUGGCCCUUCUAUUUUGUCAACUGCAAAGUUUAACACUGCUGCUACUUUUAACCAAGGAGGAAAAAACUGUCCUCCAAAUUUUUAUUUUUUAUUUUUUUAUGUUUAGCAUUUUGUUUAGCAUAUUAUAUUAGAAAAGCGUUUUUACUUUCUGACAUGGAAAAAAAAAAAAAAAAUUGAUUUGAAAACAAUCAUGGGCCAUUCUUGUUAAUAGCAUAUGAAUAGGGACUUUUCAUGUACUUUCAUUUGCCCUCUUUUAAAAUUGAAAAUAGUUUUUUGACAAGGCACUAAUUUGUCCCGUCUUUUCUCCAUUAUUCUCAACAACCAAGUAGGAACAUUUCUUGCCGUGUUCAGACCAAUUCCAGUACAUCAAGUAUUGACAUCAUUUCAAAAAAAAAAAAAAUUAGUGACAAUGUUGACUUUACAUCUUCUAAUUCUCAGUUGUCCCUUUCCACCUAAUAUUUGCCUCCAAAAAAUUUUCAACACCUUUGAAGGGACGAAGCUUACAUAAAGUAAACUAUUCUUUUGCUGAGUUCAACUGCAACUAUUAUAUAUGCACAUGGAGAUGGUCAACAAAAAAGAUGAGCUUUUAUAAUGUACAUGUCCAACCAAUCCAUUCCAACUUGUUCCAGGAAAUUUCAUUUCACAAAGUCACUAAGCAUCUUCUUAGGCUUUUCCUUCAAACUUCCAAAUACAUCCCCCACCACCAUCAAUUUAAUUCCUCAAAUCUCAACCAAUCUUUUCUUAAACAUACAGAAAGUGGUGCUUUCCAUUGAACUAAAAUGGAAUUUUUGCCCUUCUUGUCUGUUUUUUCUCUCUUUCUGGUCACUCACUCUUCUUUGAUCCAUGCUCAGCAACCAUAUGCCAGGAAGGCCACCACAGCUUGUAGCAGAGCAGAUAAUUCAACCUCGGUUCUUGGGUACACCUGCAACGGCGUAAACCCGACAUGCCAAGCUUACCUCACCUUCAGAUCUCAACCCCCAUAUAACACUGUCUCUUCCAUCUCUGAUCUUUUGGAUGCUGACCCAUCACAGCUCUCUCAGCUUAAUUCAGUCCCUGACAACACAACUUUUGAAACUGAUAAAAUGGUGCUUGUUCCUGUGAACUGCUCUUGCUCAGGUGAGUACUAUCAAUCAAAUGCAUCCUAUGUUGUUGAUCACGGAAAUAGUGAUUUUUUGAUUGCAAACAACACCUUCCAGGGCCUCUCUACCUGUCAAGCUCUGGCGGCUCAAAACAGAAAUAAUGUAACUAGAAAUUUAUAUUCUGGUACAAUAAUUAGUGUUCCUCUUAGGUGUGCUUGUCCCACAAAGAACCAAACUGAUAUGGGUGUAAGGUAUCUAUUGAGUUAUCUUAUCACUUGGAGUCAAACUGUCUCUGUUAUAAGUGCAAUGUUUGGGGUGGAUACUGGGAGGACUCUAGAAGCCAAUGGCCUAUCUGAACAGGACUUUACCAUUUAUCCAUUUACUACCCUUUUAGUUCCUCUCCAAAAUCCACCAUCAAGUUCUCAGACCGGAGCACCACCACCACCACCACCAUCGCCUCCACCACCACCACCAACUCUCCCUUCAUCGAAUAACAAAUCGAAUAAAACCUGGGUAUAUGUUGUUGCUGGAGUUCUUGGAGGGGCUGCUACUAUUUUGGCCACUGGGAGCAUUGUUUUCUGCAUCUUCUUUGGUAAAAAUAAGAAAAAAACUGAUCCAGUUAUCAUCUCGGAGAGUUUUAAGGCACGUGAUAAACCAAAUGAAAAGAAGUUGGAGGAAGAAUCCAAGUAUUUCUUGGAUAGCAUUUCUAGCAUAGCUCAAUCCCUUAAAGUGUAUACUUUUGAAGAACUUCAAUCUGCAACAGACAAUUUCAGCGACAGUAGUUGGAUUGAGGGAUCUGUUUAUCGUGGUACAAUCAAUGGGGAUUUAGCUGCCAUUAAGAAGAUGGAUGGAGAUGUAUCAAAGGAAAUAAAUUUACUAAACAAGAUCAAUCAUUUUAAUCUUAUCCGCCUCUCAGGUGUUUGUUUCAAUGAUGGGCACUGGUAUCUUGUUUAUGAAUAUGCUAUGAAUGGACCUUUGAGUGACUGGAUCUAUCACAACAGUGGUGAUCAAAGAUUUUUGAAUUGGACACAAAGAAUACAGAUUGCACUGGAUGUGGCCACAGGGCUUAAUUAUCUGCAUAGCUACACCUCCCCUCCCUGUGUCCACAAGGAUGUAAAGAGCAGCAAUGUUCUUCUUGACAGCGAUUUGAGGGCUAGGAUCGCUAACUUCGGUCUAGCAAGGUCAACAGAUGUGGAGGGUCAAUUUGUCUUGACAAGGCACAUUAUUGGGACAAAAGGUUACAUGGCUCCGGAGUAUUUGGAGAAUGGUUUCAUCUCCCCAAAGCUUGAUGUUUACGCAUUUGGGGUUCUCAUGCUUGAAAUACUUACUGGGAAAGAAGUUGCUGUUUUGUAUGAAGGGGUAGUUGUGCGCUUACCAGAGAUCUUAACUACUGUGCUUCAUGAGGAAGAUGGAAAGGAGAAUUUGAGUAACUUCAUGGAUCCAUCUUUGCAGGGAAAUUAUCCUGCAGAGCUUGCAAUUUUCAUAGCCAGACUGGUUGAUGGUUGCAUAAAGAAAGAUCCAUCAGCACGCCCAGGCAUGGAUGAGAUUGUGCAGUCUCUAUCCAGAACCUUGACCACUUCAUUGAAUUGGGAGUUGUCAAAUAGUAUCUCAGGGUAUCCAAGUCUCGCCUAGAGCUUUUAGUGUAAGCUUUUUUAGUCCCCCAUGUCAUCCUCCUCUCCUCUUUUCAUGAUUUAUUACCUGUAUUUGACUCUUACAAAUA